CCUUUGCCUCCGAACAAGGUCGAUCGCUUCACUGUAGUGCCGUGCACCCAGAUCCUCUCCGGCAUGUUGGACGAGGGCUCAGGCGCGCCCUCGCGACGGGUGGGACCAUGACAACUCCACCUUGGCACGGGUAUUCGGGCAGGUGUUUUAAUGUCGUCUUUCACCACAGAGGGAGGCGGGCACACCACUGCGGCGGGCCAGAAAAUGUACCACGUGCGAGGGAGCUGUUCGUUUGAGCUGCAGCCAAGGACCCAAGGCGAUGGUACAUCAGACUUGCCAGAUGACGGCCUUUUGUUGGACGAAGAACGCACCAAGCGGAAGAAAACACGAGGGGCUGAGAAGAGGGCGCAGUACAGCAACAGGACGAAGGCUGCGGUGGUCGCGGAUCUGCGAGAGCUGGAGGCCGAUCACGCCGAACAGAUCUGGCAUGUUCACUGCGUGUCGUGCCAGCAGUUCCUGGCAAGGAAGACCGGCAUUCCCCAACCCAACAUCUGCAAGUGGAACGGUGACGCAGAGAAGCUGAUCGCAGCCGCGGCCAAUGACUUGAAGAAGACCUUUUCAAGACUGGCAGGGAGAGAAGGUGGUUCGGAGACGCAGAGAAGAAGCUGCACUAGCUGCUGCUGCAAUGGUGCAAGAGGAAGCUCAGAGUGUCGACACCCUGGAUUCGAGUCAACCCGAGAGAGCUCGUAGUGAAAAUGUAUCCGGACAACCCGCGUGUAAAGAACUUUUCAGCUUCGGACCGGUGAUGCAGGAAGUUCGUGAAGCGCCACC